UGAAUUUUAAACACGAACCACACAAACACGGCCUUAGCAAUUGGUAGCAAACAAAGAGCGACUUUGCAGCGACAGACUCGCUACUCGCGAGUUAACUCAGCCGAGUUAGCGAGUCAUAGACUUCUCAUUUUCUCUAGGCGUUGCUUAUUGUCAUGUCGUAUCGAGACUGAGUCACCUUUUAAGUAAAACGGGCUUCACUUUAAAGCCAACCUCUUCAUUUUUCUUCCUAUUUCAAAACUUAACAAAAAAAAAAAAACUGUCUCAGAUCUGAGGUGCCGUUGCUGAUUUGUUCAUCAGCUUGAUUGAAUCUGACGCCUAUUAUCGUCGCCGGCACCGAUCUGUUGCUUUAAAAAGAAAUGGAGAAUUUAAUUUCUCUUGUGAACAAGAUUCAAAGAGCUUGCACCGCUCUUGGUGACCAUGGAGAAGCAAGUGCAUUGCCGACUCUUUGGGACUCAUUACCUGCGAUUGCCGUCGUCGGCGGUCAGAGUUCAGGGAAAUCUUCGGUGCUCGAAAGCAUUGUCGGCAAAGAUUUUUUACCCCGUGGAUCAGGAAUUGUUACCCGGAGACCUCUGGUGUUGCAGCUUCAUAAGACUGAUGAAGGAAGCAGAGAAUACGCUGAAUUUCUUCACCUUCCAAGAAAAAGAUUCACCGAUUUCGCUGCCGUUAGGAAGGAGAUUCAAGAUGAGACGGAUAGAGAAACUGGCCGAACCAAGCAAAUCUCCAGUGUUCCAAUUCAUCUUAGCAUAUAUUCUCCCAAUGUUGUCAAUUUGACUCUGAUUGACCUUCCUGGUCUUACGAAGGUAGCAGUUGAGGGUCAGCCCGAGAGCAUUGUGCAAGAUAUUGAGAACAUGGUUCGCUCUUACAUUGAGAAGCCCAACUGUAUUAUCUUGGCAAUUUCACCUGCUAAUCAAGAUCUUGCUACAUCGGACGCAAUUAAAAUCUCAAGAGAGGUGGACCCUACAGGGGAGAGGACUCUUGGUGUCUUGACAAAGAUUGAUCUGAUGGAUAAGGGCACUGAUGCAGUUGAUAUAUUGGAAGGCAAAUCUUACCGGCUGAAAUUCCCUUGGGUUGGUGUCGUGAAUCGCUCACAAGCAGAUAUUAACAAGAAUGUGGAUAUGAUUGCUGCUCGACGUAGAGAGCGUGAGUAUUUUUCUGGUACUCCUGAGUAUAGGCAUCUUGCUCAUAGAAUGGGUUCUGAGCAUCUUGCUAAGAUGCUUUCAAAGCAUUUGGAAACUGUUAUCAAGUCUAGAAUCCCUGGCAUUCAGUCCCUUAUUAAUAAAACAAUUGCUGAACUUGAAACCGAAUUGAGUCGCCUUGGAAAGCCUAUUGCAGCUGAUGCGGGUGGGAAGUUGUACACAAUUAUGGAGAUUUGCCGUCUUUUUGAUCAAAAUUUCAGAGAACAUUUAGAUGGGGUGCGUACUGGUGGUGAUAAGGUUUACAAUGUUUUCGACAACCAACUUCCUGCUGCUUUGAAAAGGUUGCAAUUUGACAGGCAACUAUCAAUGGAGAAUAUUAGGAAGCUUAUUACUGAAGCUGAUGGCUAUCAACCACAUUUAAUAGCUCCUGAACAAGGAUAUCGUCGUUUGAUUGAAUCUACUUUAGUUACUAUCAGAGGUCCAGCUGAGGCUGCUGUUGAUGCGACUCAUUCCAUUCUGAAGGAUCUGGUUCACAAGGCUAUGAGUGAAACUCCAGAGUUGAAGCAAUAUCCUGCACUCAGAGGAGAGGUGGGAAAUGCUGCGAUUGAGUCUCUUGAAAGAAUGAGGGAUCAGAGCAAAAAAGCAACACUUCAACUGGUUGAUAUGGAAUGUUGUUACCUUACAGUUGAGUUCUUCCGAAAGCUUCCUCAAGACGUGGAUAAGGGUGGCAGUGCUACGCAAUCAAUAUUUGACCGAUACAAUGACUCCUACCUGAGGAGAAUUGGAAGUACAGUUUUGUCUUACGUAAAUAUGGUCUGCGCUACUUUGCGCCACUCGAUUCCAAAGUCCAUUGUUUAUUGUCAAGUCCGUGAAGCUAAAAGAAGCCUGCUUGACUUUUUCUACACGGAAUUGGGUAAACUGGAGCAAAAACGAUUAUCAGCAUUACUGAAUGAGGAUCCAGCAAUCAUGGAACGCCGAUCCGCUCUUGCGAAGAGACUGGAAUUAUAUAGGAGUGCACAAGCUGAAAUCGAUACGGUCGCUUGGUCCAAGUAAGAGUGGGUAAAUUUAGAUCCGUGGGGCAUGGUAUUGGGAUCUGUUUUGUUGUAUUUUCGUUAAAGCAAUAUAUUUUUUACCAUAUUUAAGAAUGCAAACAUCAUUUGUUGUGUAUUCUGAGUUUCUUUAAAGCUGUAUAAUAUGCAAAUGGUUUGCCACUUUAUCGUUUAUGUGAUUUUUCAUUCAUUAAUUUAAGCAUCCGAACACAUUUUGGAAAUAA